GCGCCAGAUACUCAUAUUCCUCGGCAUUCGCGAAAAAUUCACAUGUCUUGUCCACUUAAUAUAAGCACGUUCUGACCGAGGAAAAGGAAAGUGAAUUUACAAAUCCCCUGCCAAUCGCGAGAUCCCCGAGUCACCACUUUUCCAGCUACUUCGCGGACACCCACCACUUCGUCGCCCGAUUUACUGCAACUUCACCUGGCAACUCACUUCAAAGUCAAUUCGCGUCCACAAGCGCAAGGAAAUGGCGCUUCUCGGGAUGGAUUUCACCUGCGCUCUCGAAUCUCUGCGCGACGGCAGAGUCCCGGACAGGGACUGCGUCUUGCCUCUGUUGUCGAAGCUCGUCGGGUACUGCCUCAUUGCUGCUUCCACCACCGUCAAACUCCCUCAGAUAUUGAAGAUUUUGAAGCACAGGAGUGCGAGUGGGCUCAGUAUGUUAUCCUUCGAGCUUGACGUGGUCGGCUACACUAUCGCUUUGGCGUAUUGCCUCCACAAAGGGCUUCACUUCUCUGCGUAUGGCGAGCUGGUGUUUCUUCUGAUCCAAUCUAUAAUUUUGGUUGCUAUAAUAUACUACUACUCACAACCUCUGGGGGCCAAGACAUGGACCAAGACAGCAUUGUAUUGUGCUUUGGCCCCAACAAUUUUAUCUGGUAAAGUUGAUCCUGUUCUUUUUGAAGCUUUAUAUGCAUGCCAGCAUGCUGUAUUUUUCUGUGCAAGAGUUCCACAAAUAUGGAAAAAUUUCACUACCAAGAGUACCGGGCAACUCAGCUACUUGACAUACUUGAUUAAUUUUGGAGGUUGCAUGGUUGUUUUGGGCUCACUGCGAACUGUGGCUACAAAUGGCACCAUCCUGAUUCAGAUAAUUAUAUACCGCAAGUCACAUGAACAAAGAGAGAAGAAAAUCAAGUAGGAAGCGUCCUUUUUCUCUUUGCCGUUGAAGCAGGUACUUCUUGUGUAUGUUCUGGUUCUAUCAAUAGUGCAGAGAGGUGAAUCAUUAUCCUGCGGGGUGCAUCUCAGAUACUUAGCUCUUCUGGGAUCGAAGGAUGAAUAGGUGGUCAGUGGUCUUGAUGAGUAUGGAGAAGUAUUGAUACGCGCACCGAAAAUGCUUUGUCAUUCCAUUCUUAGUCUGUAGAAUUCAGCUUCUUAUAGCUUUCAAUCAGGACUACUUUUCUUAUAGCUUUCGAUCAGGAUUACUUCAAAGCAAUCCUGAUUGAAGUGUAGUAAUCCUGAUUGAAGUAACACGCAGAUCGCAUUGUAUUGUAAUCGUGGCCAAACCACUACAUAAUCGUAUUUUCUCUGUGCAACAGGUCUGCCCAAGUAAUUGAACAUAGAAUUCUCUUUGUACACCGAAAUAUAUUUUGUCUUUACAUUAUGGAACUCUUUAAGUAAA